AGCCGCAAAGCGUGUUUGGCCAUCGAACGAGACGGACGUGUGUGCUGCUCUCCGCUGCUGCUGUCGGGGCUUGUUUAUAGAUAGUUUUGGUGUUUAAUAAAUAUACAACAAGUGUUUAGGAGAGGCACAAACAAAAAAGUUUGAAAUUAAUGUGUGUGUUCUAAUUUACGGAAAUCGAGUGAAGUAAACCCGCAAACAGAAGCAAAGCAAAAAGCAACAGACGGCCGGAAAAAGAGCGCGCGUGUGUGUUGGCGGAGGAGGAGGAGGAAACCGAAAGGAAAGAGCCCGAGUCGCCUGAAAGUGCAAUUCCAGUGAAAUAUGUUAAUUGAAAUUGCAAUUUAAUGGCCAUUUCCAGCCAUUAGCAUUAGAAAUUGCACAAGUCAAGUGUUUAAUGUCCGAGAGAGAAAAGUGUAAGGCCAAUAAUCAUCAGAGAAUCAGGAAAUAUCGAAGAAUCGCAAAAAACACAACACCCACAUUUCAUUUACUCACAUUCUAUUGUUGUUGGCAACGCGGAAGCAACCCAAGCCGCUCCGAAGUUCCAAGUAAAUAAACCAAAAAAAUAGUACUCUGGACAACAUGGAAGCGAGGAAUACCCAAAGGAAUGGCGAAUGAAUCGAGAAAAAUGUAUUUUUAAACCUUUGAACCCGCAAAACAGCAACCGAGAAACACUAGACUGCGUUUUAGGGCCCAAAGUAGAAUUUUUCACUUGACCCACAGACCCAGACACGAGACGGGGGGGCCAAGCCAACGAGCGAGUGCAACAGAGACAGCUAGAGCGUUGAGUGUGCGUGUGUGUGAAAGAGAGACAAAAUGCGUGCGGGCCGUGGGCUAAGCGACGGCUUAGCGCUGGUCGUCGUCGUCGUCGUUUUGGCCAUAAUGCUGGCCGUAACGCAGGCACGUUUCAUUGCGAAAAGAGAAACCAAAAACGAAACCCCUGGCAGUGGCAUGGAUGGUGCCACUUCCACAUCCACAGCGACUGCGACUGCGAUUGGCACUUCCAUUGACCCUGACAUUGUUACAGCAGCAGCAGCAGCAGCGCAAGAGACACCAAGUGUGGCAGUGGCAACCACAGAAGAAGCUUUAGUAAAACAAGAUCCUGCCACCACAACAACAACAGCAGCCAUCCAAAAGAUCACAGAGGAAGCAGGAGAGGCGGGAAUCCAAAAGAUCACAGAGGAAGCAGCAGAGGAAGGAAUCCAAAAGAUCACAAAGGAAGCAGCAGAGGAAGGAAUCCAAAAGAUCACAGAGGAAGGAGCAGAGGCGGGAAUCCAAAAGAUCACAGCAGCAGAGGAAGGCAUUCAAAAGAUCACAGAGGAAGGAGCAGCAACCAAUGCCAGUCGAUCCACAGAUCAUGGUCGUUCCAUGCAGGUCGUUGCAUCCACCACAGAAGCCCAGCCGCCCUCUUCAGUCACGCCCAUGAAGCUAAGGGCACUGCCAAAGACCACGACCACGACUACGACUACGACCACUGCUCUGCCCUUUGCCUCCAAUGAGAAUGCCAUUGAAGAGUCCACGUCCGAGUCCACGAUCCGCCAGCUGCCGGAAAAGCGGGCAAAAUUCAUUAGCGAAAACUCCACCAACGCCCAGCAGCUGAUGCUCCCCAACACAGCGGAAGUGUGGAGUCUGGCGGGGAUGAAGUCGGUGCCAAAGAGUCCUCCGAUGACCAUGGAAAUAACAACUUCCAUGCCAGGAACUGCCACAACGAUGGGGCCGCUAUUUCUGCCUUCAAACAGCUCUGCCACAGAGCUCACAAACGAUAUAGAGCCGCCGCCACAGAACCAAACGGAAGUGGAGCUCCACAAGGAGAAGAAUCUCCUGGACUGGCAGCAGAUCGCAAUGAUGCAGUCCCCAUCCUCAAUGCCCGAGAACCGAACGGAGUUUGCAGUCAGAACCACACUGGAUGCCACCGAAGAGGCAAUGCAGGGCACCACAGAAUCGUUGGAGGAGCAGACGACACCUGCCAAAAGGGAGGAGACAACAGUCGUUCCUUUGAUAGCGGCAGGAGGUGGAGGAGGACUCAAUCUCACCACAUCACCCGAGCCUGUAGAAAACUCAACUGUGGCAAAGGAAUCCUUAGAACAGGAUGUGCUGACAUCCACUGCCAGGCCAGAGACCACUACCAGUGUCCGUUCAGCGGAGCUUGUGGCACAACAGCUGGCGUUUACAGAGGCAAAAACAUCUAAAGCGAAUUUAACAGAAGGACAUGCCCCUGCCCCUGCCCCUGCCCGUGCAACAACAGAAGAAGAGCCAACCGAAAAACUAGAGCUAACAACAGCUGCCAUGGCAAUUGCAACUGCCACUGCCACUGCCACUUCCAUGGAAACUACAACGGAGUCAUCAGCCCCGUUGGCGGCCGUUCAACAUGUGUCACCUGUGUGGGCGGCAGAGCCAGAUCCAGAGAUGACUACGGCGGCAAUAACGACCACCAGCGAUGAGGGUUUAAGUGGAUUGAACGACGACGCUAGUUCCAGCCCCAGACCCAAUCCCAGUCCCAACACAACUGAAAUGGCAAUGAAAGCACCGCCACCGCCAUCGUUUAAGCACUCGAACGAAAGCGACGACGUCAUCAAUGUCUCCCCCAGCCCCAAGCAGGCAGAGACCCAGGCAGCGCCACAGCCAGAGAGGCCCCACGAGAGGGAGCAACAGCAAGAGACGACCCCCACGACAACAGCAGUUAGUAUUCGAGCGGCUGUCGAGGAGAGCGCAAGCACGAGCCCGACGGCGACUACGACGACUACUACGACGGUGCCGCAGUUCGAGUUAAGUGAACAAAAAACAGAAAUUGUUAUUGCCACAACAACAACAGCAACAGCAGCAACAACAACCACUACAACUACGAGUACAACAACUGUGGCAACAACAACAACAACUGAAGAGGCAACGCCAACGCCAACGGAAAUUGUCCAAAUUAGCAAUGAAGUGAAUUUAGAAACGGCAACAGUGCCACCUCCUCCAGCAAUAGAUCCACAGAGAAAAUCAAAGGAAGAAGAGGGAGCCCAAGAUGCGGCCAAUGAAAAGAAAACCGAUACAAGUGAGAACUUUGUGAACAACAGUGUGGCCCAAAGCAUAACAGAGGCCAACGGAGGUGAAACACCUGCCACAACGGCCACACAGGCUACCCCCCUGUUCAGUGACCUCGGACCGAAGGAGAACCCCGAACACGAAUCCUCGCUGGAAACGAAUAACAUCGGGGAGGCGGCCACAACAACAAGCCAGGGCCUGGCAACAGCAACAACAGGGACAGGGACAGGGGCAGCUUUGGACGGGAGGGAAGCAGGCAAAGCAGCAACAGGUGCAAAGGGACCUCCACUGUCGCCGUCGCCGUCGUCGUCGUCGGAUGAGCAUUACGAUGAGGAGAACGACACUGGCAAAGGCCAACAACAGGUGGAUGAAGUGCACGAAAAACAAGUUAUUGAGGAGCCAGAGCAGUCGUUAGCCAAAAAUAUGGCAGGAAACGGCACAACCACAACAACCACAACAGAAGACACAACCAGCAGCAGCACUACAACUGCAAAAACAACGACUGAAAUGCAACCACCUUUGAUAUCCCUGCUGGAUGAUACCACAACAACGACCACAACGACGAUCCCAACUCCAACAGAAGCCAUCUCCAGCAGCAGCAGUUUUAGUCCACCGAUCAGUAUGCUGCCGGAGAACACAACCAGCAUCCCACAUCCUGUGGGUUCUGCCACCACCGAAGACCCUUUUAUGCCUUCGAUCCUGCCCAGUGAUACCGGUGCUCCGCCCAUGAUUAUGGCUGCAUUUCCCAACGAUAUGGGCAACAGCGGCCAGGGCGGAGGCACCGACGUGAACGUGAUCAUUGCCAUCACGGUGAGUGUCAUCGGAGUGGUGGCCUUGAUCCUCCUGGUGGCCUUCCUCUACCUCAUGCGAAAGCGCCAGAAGCAAAUGUCCUAUGGCCAGAGGUGCCGGCCCGUCAGCCUCGACGCCUACUCCCUGGACAAUGUCUCUGUGCUGGGGAGUGUGCGGCGCAAGGGCAGGGACCUGCGUGCCUCGAAACGCACCUACGGGAAUGCGGCCUUCGACGAUCCCUCGCUGCGGCACAAUCUCCUGUCCGCCGUGGAGCUGGGAAAGUUUUUGGAGCGACGCUCCAGCAUUUUCGAGGAGUUCAGAGAUGUGCCGCAGAUAAUAGCGCGAGCGGACGAGGUGCCAGCGGGCUGUGAGGACAAGAAUCGCUACGCCAACGUGAUUCCGCUUCCUGAGACGCGUGUGGUGCUCCAGCGACGCGGCGAUGAUGACAAAACGGAAUACAUUAAUGCCAAUUAUGUUCGGGGCCCACGAGAUGCCCCCAACUACUAUAUAGCCUGCCAGGCACCAAUGGAGAGCACAACGAGCGACUUCUGGCGCAUGAUCUGGGAGCAGCAGUCGCGUGUGAUCAUCCAGGCCACGGAUCUCAACGAGAACGGAAUCGAAAAGUGCGCCGAAUACCUGCCGCCCUCGGCGACGCUGGACAAUCACAGCAGCUAUGGGGACUACCAGGUGACGCUCAAGAAUCGUGAGGUCAAGGACAAGUACGCCAUUUCCACGCUCAUGCUGAAGCGUGUGGAUGGCGAGGAGUGCCGCGAACUGACGCACUACUGGUACAAGUGGCCAGAGGCGGGUGUCCCAGCGGAGGAGGCGCCCAUCAUUGCCAUGCUGCUGGAGGCACGCUCAUCCCUGAAGUCGUAUUGCUUGGAACAGCAGGCCAGCGAUCUGAAGGAUAAGUCAUCGACGGCGGAGUCAUCGGUGGAUGCAGAGGCAGCUGGAGGCAAGGCUGAGGUGGGGAGCACCUCCUCCAGCAACGAGAUUAAUGGAAACGUGGGCAGCAGGGGCACAGGCACUCGCACCCAGCAGGGACCGCUAACAGUUCAUUGUUCUCCAGGUACGGGUCGUACCGGCACCAUCAUUGCCUCGGACAUGGCCAUUCGCAGCUUGGAGACACCCAAGCGUUCCGUGGACAUUCCGCAGCUGGUAUACUAUGUGCGGCGCGGACGCGCCAGCGCUGUUCAGACCAAGGAGCAGUAUGAAUUUAUCUACAAGGUGGCCAGCAUGUACGCCACAAAGAUCACAAAUCUAUCCAACAAUGAUAAUUGAGGGAGGGAGAGGCGUAGUCGUCGGCGUCCCACUUUGAGUCGAAUCCGAAUGCGAAUUUUCGGAUAUUUCCAGCACUCAAGAGCCGCAACUAUAUAGAUAUCGACAUAGAGAGUUUAUGAAAUAUGAUUCUAAUUUAGUAUUAUCUCGAACGCUGCUACGCAUGCAAUUGUGUUGAAUGUUUUUGCACCUGAUUGAUUUAUCGUCAUUAUUUUGUCGGGCUUUGAAUAUCAUUUAAAAAAUGUAUGUAUUCCUUUAUUAUUGUGAUAUAAUCGUACAUUUUGUAUAUCUCUUGAUAAUCUGUUGCAUAUUUAUAAUGUACAUUUUUUUUUUGCACUGGAUCGUAUAGAUGUACUGUACAGGGGGCCCCUACCGGCCGGAACAGGUAAAAUAUGAUUGGAAUUUUUCCAUAUUUUAAUUGUAGAAAGUCAUUAUGUAAUCAAAAUUGUAUGUAUCUAUUUUAAACGAGCUUUAAUGUACAUAAGGUAUAUCUUAAGUAAAAGAAAAUCUGUAUUCCACUCAUAUUAUUGCGAAAUACAAAGAAAAGAACCAAUCGUUCAAUAGAAGUAACAAAAUCUUUUAAAUGUACGCGGGCCUUAUCGGUUCAGUUGCGAAAUAUUGUUUCACAACACAACUAUCGGUGAACCGUGUAACCGUGCCCAUAUUUUACAAAAAAAUAAAAAAAUUACUAGAAACUAGCCA